AUUUCUUUUAUCCUGAAGACUUUCAGGGCAUUCCAUGCAUGCUUUACUCUUGUGAAGCUGUCCUGUAACAACGCCAGCGGUAGCUGUAAUGAGCACGUGCAAUGCGCAUUUUAGUAGCGAUGUGCUCAUAUACGCGCAAAUACAGCACAGCUUGGCACGCUCGGGGUGUUGCGCGUGGUGCCGGGAUUCGGCUCCACUGACACCCGGGUUUGAUCCCCAUAUCGGCGACGGACGUUUAGGGCUGCCGCCAAGCCAGCCCCGAGCACCGCCGUGCGUGCAUGCAAUGCAUUACGAGCAUGCAGCAGCCAGCGCAGCUGUGUUGUUGGUGGCGAUGGGCUAUGCCGCUCCACGCGGAACAUCGUACGUUCGGGAUACCGCGGCGUCGAGCGCCGAGCCAGCUGUGUGUGACCCCGCAUCAAGCCCGACAGAGGCAGCUACGAAACUCUACGUGACGUUACCGUGGAUCUGCAGGGAAACUGGCAAGGGACGGAAGCGCCUGUCAACACGUCGAGGUCGGAGUCUUGGUUGGGACGACGACCCGCCACAAGUGGCCGCGUGCGAACUCCGUGAGCAUUUUCCUGCUACGUUUACUCGUUACGUGUACUCAAUAACAGCUGCGGGGAGACCAAAUAGAUAGCAUACCAUCACAGUCUUCCCACCACCACAUCGCCACCUUCGUCAGUUCUGGUGUUGCCGCCAGUGUGCUGCCGCUGCGGUUUACCGCUUGAGUAUACGAGCUCAGUACCGGCCUCAGUACUGGCCUCAGGACCGGCGUGGACAUCACUCACGGCAGCAGCGGCACGAGCACGUGUGCGCAGCGUCACAGACCAUGCGUCCACAGCGCAUGUCGGCCCUACUAUUAGCGGGCAUGUUGGCCCUCACUGCGGGCGGCCUUCUCCCAGGCGCAGCAGCAACAGCAGCUGCCGGCACCGCCUCUCAAGGCUCAGCCGGGGAUACGGCCGCGCGCCGUGUCUUCACGGAUGAGUACCUAGUGCUGCCCGGCGCUGUGGCGGCGGCAGCAGCGGCAACAGCCGCCGGGCCGAAGCAGCAGCACCGGCGCCCGGACGAGGGCUCCCUCACGCGCGCGCUCGCCGGCCAUGCGCACCACCACGGCCGCAAGCUGCAGCAGUCCUCUGACACCAACACCAACACCACCGCGACCGCCACCACCACCACCACCACCACUGCCAACAUCACCACAGCACCCUCCAGCACCCCGCUAAACUGGUGCACUGCCAACAGCCUCCCCGACGGCAGCUACCCGGAAGCCAGCGACUGCGCCAAGUUCGUGCUGUGCUACUCCGGCCUCACCUACGUGUUCGACUGCGCGGACUGCCGCCUGUCUGACCGCGCCGCCGCCGGGCCGGGCGCGACCGGCGGCUGCCUGGGCCAGGCCAAGCUGUGGUUCAACAUGGACAGCGGUGUCUGCGACUGGCCAUCCGCUGUGUCCACCUGCUCCGCCGCAACCGCCGCCGCCGCCAGUGACACCCCCAGCCCAGCGAUGCCACUCGCCCCGCCGCCCAGCGCCCCGCCUACGUCCAGUUCCACCAGCCCCGGCUCCGGCACCACCUUCCGUAACGCCAACGAAGGCCCGUACGGCGGCUACGGCCACUACGGCUACGGCGGCUACGGCUAUGGCGGCUACGGCGGUUACGGCGGUUAUGGCGGCGCGGAUUUCCGUGACAGCAGUGGUAACGGCAACGGCGGCCGGCCAAGCAGCAGUGAGGAUGACCUGCUUAUUGAGCUGCGUGAGGGCAAGCCCUACUCGCCGGUGCCGGGGUACGGCGGCGGCGAGGACGGCAGCUGGUCGCCCGGCAGCUCACCAGACCCCGCUGACCUUGCCACCGACCUCGCCGGCAGCCCCGAAGACGACACGACCCACUCCGGCAACGGUAGUAUCAAUGGCAGUGGCAGUAGCAGGGGCAGUGCCAGUGGUGGCGGUAGCAACAGUGGCAGUGGCGGCAGCGGCGGCAGCAGCGGGUCGGGCGCUGGCAGCAACAGCAACAGCGGUGGUGACCCCUGUGCCGUGCCAGCCGCCGGAACCACACAACAGCAGCAGCAGCCACUGCCCGGCGCCGCCGUGGCCGAGUACUCGUCUGUGUUUGAGGCACCCGAGUGUGACGGCCGCGGCCAAAACACAUGCAUGACCAGCGGACUGGCGGGCAAGGGCUACUCGGGCGAGGGCGCGGAGAUGGACGGCCCCAACACCUUGUACAGCGAGUGCGCGGACGGCGACCCAGCCGGCGGCGGCGUUGGCGGCGGCGGCGGCGGCGGCGGCGGCAGCGGCUUCGUGGCUGACGUGGCUCUACAGGCAGCGUCCGGCACCAUGUUGCGCAGCGGUGAGGCGGCCCGCAUUGUGGCCCAGGUGGUGUGUGACCCCGCUGUGCCCGCCACCUUCGUCGACUUCUUCUACACGGGAUACACAGCCAUGGGCGCCGCGGGCCGUGUGUGGAACUACGUGUCCACUCAGUCCUGCGCCGACCUGCAAGCCGUCGACAACUCCACAACCUCCAACACCAACGCCACCUCUGCCCUCCUCGCCACCUCGCUGCCCUUCACCGUGCCCGACGGCACCGCUGCCCUGGGCGGCAGCGUGGCGGUGCGCGUGCAGCUGCGCGAGACGGCGGGCGGCCCCGUCAACGACCUGCCAGUGGCGUUCCCGUGCGCGUACGGGUCGUACGGCAGCAACGACCGAGAUGACCUGGUGGUGCAGGUGUGCCCAGCGCUGCCUCAAAGCAGCCCACCCGCCCCCCAGCCGUCUCCCUCUCCGCCCCCGAGGGCCAGCAGCACCAACACCGGUACCGGAUCUGGCACCAACCGCAGCCCUGACGGUGAUCUCUACCUACGCGGCAGCGACGGUGGCAGCAUCGGCGGCUCCAGUACCGGACCAGGCUGGAACGGGGCCGCUUCCGGUACCGGUGGCGCGGGCACUGGUGCGGGCGCCGGUGCCGCCGCUGCCGGCCCGGUUGCCUCUGCUGGGCAGCAGGUGCUGGAGGCGGCGCGUGCGGCGUUCUAUGCCAUAUUCUCUGCCAAGGUGCCGCCCGCCACAGGUCCCGCGUGAGGGCAGCUGCGUUCGGGCGGGUUGUCAUGACGGUGGCCUCAAGGCUCGGUAGUUGGGAGUUCGGAUAGGCGCCACUGCUGUGUGAGUGACACCACGGCACUAUGUGUUGCCGUGUAGUGCCGUGCUGCUGCCUGAUCCAGGUCUGGAGCCAUGUUCCUAUAGCUGGUGCAGCAGGGGCCAAGCAGGGCACUGUGAGGCCGUAUGGGCCCGAGUCAGUGACGUAAGCCGACGCACCUCGACGUCCCUUCUUAAUGAUUGACAGCAAAGCACAUAGCAUGUAUCAAAUUCUGGUCUGACUGAGACGCAUUUGCACAUUACACACGUGAGCCCAUUUGGUUGUGAGAGCAUGUUCGGUGGUAGGCGCCUAGGCGGCGAUGUGGGGGUUAAAAAGAUAGCAGGGCAACCUCAUGGGUUCGAAAACGUCCAUUCCUGCAGUCCUGCUGUAACGUUGAGGAGCG